AUAAUAAAUUGUAUAAACUGAUAAGUCAUGCACCACUCUUUUGCAUCAGCCAUUUGUCUGUUCAAAACGGUUUCGGCCCUCCUCUGUCUCUGCAGGCUGUCAGAGGAAGUGGUUCUCACUUGCAUGGUAAGCAACUGUGCAAAGUGAAAUUUUAAAAAAAAUUUAAAAAAAAAAGAUACCGCUUGUUGUGUAGCACAGAAUUGAAUUCAAAGCAAUUUAAUACAUCAUUAAAUGUUGAAUCUGAAUGAGUAAAAUGAUGCAGUGUCCAGUUACAUCUGUAAUAGGCAAAUCAUUUUGGAGGGAAGGAAAUGUACUUCAGCCAGAUAUUACAGCGAGUUCUCAAGACUUUCCAGCUUCGUCACACCCCAUAAAAAAUCAUCACUAUAACGUAUUUCAACAAACACAACCUUGGGGGCCCACGUUUGGGUCAGGUGCAAAAGGCCCUUUGCUGAUGACAGCAUAAUCCUGAAGCCUACAUUUACUGUCAAUUUAAAAAUAUGUCCCUUCAUAUUGAAUGACGCACUCUCGUUGUGCUAAGUCUACUAGGCUACUGAUGCUUUUCAUAUUCACAAUAGAAACAAAGACAAUUUGGAAUAACAAAAAAAAAAACCGUCGAAGUAAGUAAAUAACUCACCCCUGAGGCAACGCUAUAACCACGUUGCCCAACAAUCUUGUAUUGUUGGUGUUGCGGAAGAUGGAAGAAAAAAACGCCCAACCCUCUUUGCACACCACCUCCACCUACUGGUAGGAGGGCCAUAUUAGCUUCCCUAACGGUUGUGUUACGUCUUCAUGGUGUUGAAACUGUUUUUAUUUAUUCAUUUUAGAUUGUACGUAGGGUACUCAAUCAAUACAACCACUCUUCUUCCUUCAUAUACUCCUUCUCAGGUUCAUCUCGACCGAGAUUAUAAAGGAAGAGUACGUGGUAGAAAGACGGUUUUCUCUGCGAUAUACAAGAUGGUUAACGGUCUUCAGGCAGUUGGUUCGAACCCCCUUCAUUGCAUCUUGUUUGACAGUGAAACGACACGGUCAAAAACACGCGAGUCACUCGUUUCAAGUGGAAAAAUAUCAGGGAGGGGACAGGUGGAAUUAAAACUCCUUAACAAAUUUGGUCGAACCGGAUUGGGCUCGAGGAGAACUGUGUCCUCCAAAACACUGGGUGUCUAACCGCACAGGCCCAGUUGCAAAGAUAGACGUGGCUUGGUGAGAAAUAAUGGUAAGCCAGAAUUUGUGUUCCACGAUAUGUCUGAAACCGCUCUCCUGCGCUCAUUUUUGCGGUAGAUGGCAGUGUGGCCAGCCACUCAGACCGGAAGAGGAAGUCACAGUCGCGUUGUUUACCAUGGCGACGGGAACGCUGUGUUUUGAAAUUAGCUCGCGGAGAGUGUCACAAGGAUCAGCAUUCUUUUUCUUCGUGGCUUUAGUUCGUUGCCAGCAGUUUGUUAUCCCAUAUAGAGAUCCAAGUGACUGUGGCGUGGAGGAAUUCUACGAUAUAUCGAGUUUGUCGUGUGCGAGUUGUGGUCCGAAUCAACGGCGUAGCGCAACAGGACAAAGUUGUAUCUGCAAAUCUGGAUACCGCACUCUCACCACAGAUAAGACCUUGAUGUUUUGUGAGCAAUGUCCCCCUGACAGGCCUGGUGUUACCACGGACGGUUUCAAUUGUAUCCGCUGUCCAGGAAGCCUCAGUGAUGUGGGGAAUUGCAUGUGUCCACCAGGUGCAAUCCUAGUUGAAAGAGACAUCAAUGGUAACAUUUUGCUUGAGGCCCAAUGUCAAAUGUGUGUCAAAAGUGACCCAGCAUUUUCACUACCAAAUGCCCAUGGAGACAGGUGUGAACAAUGUCAUGCUUCCUUCAUCAACUCAUCAUGCCAGUGCAAAUCUCCUAAUGUCCAGGCAGGCGGAUUAUGUUUCCCCUCAGGUAGUCUGACCACAACAGUGAAUCCAAGUGUUAACUUUGCUCAAUUGAAAUUCAGUGUCCAGUCUGCCUGGUUCUUGAAAAACUUGUACUCAUCAUCUGCAGCAUGCCUUGUCUACUCUAAUGUCACGGCAUGUCAGGCCUUGGGGAACAUGUGCGUGAUGAACAUGCACUCCUUCAGUAGUGUUAACUCUGAUGCCUGUGGCCUCUUUAACACUAUCUUGAGGUCAAGGGCUGCUCUGAGUUCAACUCAUGAUAUUUCUUACUGGAGAGUUGGCCUUCCAUGGCUAUAUUAUGGUGAUGAACCAGGACUUGCAAGUCGAGUAUUGCGGACUGAAUCGGUUCCUAUUGGAUUCAGUUUUAGAGGGAAAAACAGGAACUCAGAUAUCAAGCUUAUAGCUGCAGUGUACAAUGUCAGAGGAGAGUUUCUGAGAUGGGAAGACAUUGGAGGAGGGAAUCUUCAGCUGUGCCAAGAUACAACCACAAGACUGUCCGCUGCCUUUAUUUUUGGAACCACGUAUGAACAGUCUUGUGAUCUCCCUGUAGCACAGCUGCUAGAUUCUCAUCCUGAGCCGUUGUUCUAUGAUGUGUUCAUGGAUAUCGGUGGGGGAGAGAACAGGAAGCUCCUCCCGCUGCCCACACUGGUCGAUAACCAGCAAUAUUACGGACAGUCCAUCAACCAGGAGAGAAUGCAGAACUGGUAUCUCUCUCGACGUAUGUUCCUAGUGGACACUCUGAGUGGACGGGAGAAAACCACUUUUUCACUCCCUAAAGUCAUCCGUGUGGCCAGCAGCAUCAAGAUCAGCUUCCAGUUAGUGCCACGGACACAGGCAGGACAAGUUUUCCCUCCUCUUCUCAGUGUGGCCUACACGGAUGUUCCCAUCAUCAAUGUCGACAAACAAACCGUGCCGGUUUCAUUUGCUGUAGAGUACAAGAUGGAUCAGAAUGAGGCUCGCAUAAAGACAAAGACAGCUCUGGGUGUGCUCGGUGGUCUGGCUGUCAUCUACUCCCUGCUGAAGACGGUCAGCUGGAAGAGAAGGAUUGCAUCGCCACUUAUCGAUGUAGAGACAAUGUUCAAGUUUCUAUUAUUUUAUGCUGGAGAUCUGGCCAAUGUCUUCUUUGCUGUCACCGUUGGAACUGGAGUCUACUGGCUCAUCUUUUACAAGGCUCAACAGUUUGUGACAGUGGUGCUGCCGUUGCCUGUUGAAGAAGAGCAGUUUGUCACAUACAUCGGUUGUGCGUUUGCUCUUAAGGCGGUUCAAUUUCUGUACAAACUCGUCCAGCAGUUGUCUGUGGAUGUGUUCUUCAUCGACUGGGAGAGGCCACGAUGCAAAUCCAGCAAGACACUGCAAGGUGAGCAGAAACGUGAGGCUGCUCUGGUGAGCAUAUGGAGGACUUACUUUGUGGCCAACGAAUGGAAUGAAAUUCAAACCAUCCGCAAGAUCAGUCCCACGUUUCAGAUCAUGGCGGUGCUCUUCUUUCUAGAGGUGCUGGAAUUCUCAAAUCUUGCUUUAAGGGAUCCCUUGCCAACUCUACAGCGCCCUCCAGAGGCCUACACUCCUUCUUACAGCCUGACUCUCCGAUAUGGUCUGGCAAGUGCACUCUGGAUCUCUAUUGGAUUUCUGCAGGUGAUGUUCUUCACUCUAAUCCAUGAGCAUUUUGUCGAAGACAAAAUCAGACAGUUUGUCGAUCUGUGCUCAAUCAGCAAUAUUUCUGUGUUGCUGUUAUCCCACCGAUGUUUUGGUUACUACAUUCACGGGCGGUCGGUUCAUGGCCAUGCUGAUACCAACAUGGAGGAAAUGAACAACAAUCUAAAGAGAGAAGCUGAAUCACUGUGUGGUCAAAGAGGGCUCCUUCCGAACACAGAAAUCCAGACCUUUCAGAUCUCCCUGACCAACCACCUGAGGCUGCAGUAUGACCGAAUAAGGGAGUCAAUCAACCGACGCACUGGACCCUCACGUCUCAUGGACGCUUCUUCAGGCAACCAGUUUGAACAAAAUAUCCGAGCCUACUACACCAUGAACCACUUCCUGGGCUCCAUUAUUGACCAUGCCCAUCCUGACAUGGACUAUAUAGUGAAGGACAAGCUGGCGUUUGAGAGGGUGAUUGGGAUGGAGUUCCUUGAACCCAGUGAGAAAAGCAUAUUUUACAACGAUGAAGCCCACUCUUUCAGUGACGUUCUGUUUUAUGGAAACGAGGCCACCCUGCUCAUCUUUGACACGUUAUUCUUCUGCGUCGUCGACCUCAGCUCACAGAGCUUUGUACUAGCUGCCAUACUUACAUACAUUCAGCAAACGAUUUUCCGUAUGAUCCGCAACACUCUUGGACGGAGGAACCUCGUCAACAAGACUCUAGUGGAUGAAAGAUUUCUCAAUUAAUGUGCUUUAUUUAUUAUUGCUUUACCUUCUGACUAGGUUCUGUUCAUUUUCACUGUUGUUUUUAUUAGAAUAAUUUUUUUAGUGGUUUUAUAGAA